AUGCCACUGCCAGGCAUCAUCCGUGAUAUUCUCCUUUCUUCCAUUAGGGGCAACGCGAUUUCCGUCCUCACGCCGCCAGCACUUGCAAACGAGCAAGUUCCCCUAACGGAUCUUAAUUCACCCGCUCGUGCACAGCGGCUCCAUGGUUUCGAGAACGAGGAAGAGGAGAGGUCACUCUGGUCUGCUCAACCGUGGCAGAAUCAUGCAGCCUCGACGUUACCCUUCACCUGA